CAAUGAGACACGACAUGCGGUAACCGUUGGCUGCUGUCAAUCAGGUGUAACACCUUGUUACAAACUGCCAAAUGGAGAUCCCAACCGAAUGAAGAAACCAUGAUUAUCCCCAGUGUAAUUCUCUCCUUUGUCUCACAAAUCUUUACUCAAGGCAUAGCAAAGGGUGUGUGGGGUGUGGGGGGAACAAAACCUUGACUUUGAUCGUGACGAUCGUAGGUCGCAAGGGUUGUUAGGGCAACGGGUGGCGAUGAUUGUGCCACAAGCUGUGUAGUCGCUUAUGUAGGUCGCUAGCUGUCUUUCACCUGCUCCACAUCAGACGGUGUUGCAACCCGAACAUUACAGCUCCGCGGCGCUUUGCAACCCAUUGCCCCGACAAGAGUGUAUACACACCUAUUCAACCUGUUCGUUGCUUGCCGCCGGCAUUGACACCUUCCUACGACUCCAUUGCUCACACAAAGCUCAGACUAACACGUCAAGGUAAGACAGUACACGAGGCAGGAAAUGCCGGUGAUUCACGCCAUCGACAGUGGGGGCAACACCAUGAAGGCCCUGUAUGUGGAGGGCUGCUUCUUCCCAUUCUUUCCCUUCACCAAGGACCCCAAGCGCCACCUUUCGAACAUCAGGAAUUUACCGAUCAGGGACGAUGAUCUUCUGCUUUGGGGUUACCCCAGAACAGGCUGUCACUGGUUGUGGGAAAUGAUUUGCAUGCUAUCUAAAGGAAGCGUGCAGUACGACGCCAACACUAAAGAGAACUACAUGUUGGACUUCAUGACGCCUGAGAUGUUGGAGGCCAUGCCCUCGCCACGGACACUCAACUCGCACUUCUACUUCCAUCACCUGCCAGCACAGACCAAGGAGAAGAAGAUCAAGUUUGUGGUUCUACAUCGUGACCCGAAGGAUACAGUGGUAUCCUACUAUAGUUUUAUGAAAGGCUUUGCCGAGCUCUUUGACUACAACGGCACUUUCUCCCAUUUCCUGGAGUUGUUCCUAGAGGGCACAUUGCCCUAUGGAUCGUUCAUCGACUUUGAACAGCACAUAAUGCAGACGCUGGAGGACAAUCCUGACAUUCCCGUGUUGCACGUGUUCUACGAGGAUUUACUCAAGAACUGCGCCGAAGAGCUGCUGAAGGUGCAACGGUUCCUGGGUUAUGCGGCGGAUGAAAAGCUGUGCUCUGGCAUCGCUGCAGCCUGCGAGUUCAAGAAACUGAAGCAGGUCAUCGUUGACCGUCCAGACCCUUUACGUGGCGACCACAAGGAAGGAUUUGAAGGGGUCUGCAGGAAAGGUGUGAUUGGGGAUUGGAAGAAUUUUUUUUCAAAGGAGGAGGAAGCUGCCUUCAACGAGGUGUUCAGAGCGAAACUGGGAGGAACCAUACUUGCUGAGCGUUACCUGAAAGCUUGAACACACUUCAUCUUAGGGCCCACACGCUUUCUUAUCAUAUUUUUCAUAUUUACAUACAUGAAAAUGGUUGUAGACCCAUUAAUCAUCUGAAGCUUAUUGAGACUAUUAUGUAUUUGAAACAUAUACAGAUGCUCAUGCACCUUGUUCCAGAAACAGGUCGCAACACUUGUUUACCUGACCUGCUGCUAACUCGUGCUGACUGAUUUUUCCUAACUCACAAAUGUUGAUAUUUUAUUCCAGACUCCCUAAUGUUUACACGCUAACUCAAUAAUGUUAUUAUUUUGUUCUAUACUCAUAACUUUUACACACUAUAUCAAUAAACUUUUUGGAGGUAACUUUUUUAAAAAUUGACAAUCUACUGACCCACGAAUGAGUAUGUUAAAAAUGGCCUUUUAUAGGCAAGUUUUUAAUCCUUCGGUAAACAGCUCAUGAACUUCAUGAAAAAUCCCGAAAUACCAUCAUGUGCGAAAUAAAGUAUUUUACCAGGUUCA